GAGAACGUUUUCAUUGCACAAUUCGCCUUCUUACUGUAUUUCUGUUCGUUCUCUGCAGGCGAUUACCUCCAUGGUUGUGCUGUGAUUGCGUAAUUCCCAGUUGCAAGGAGUCCUAUUCACUGCACCCUUGUGAAGCCUACAGAGACAAGUCUACUGACACAGAGGAAGACUUACAACCAUGAAUUUUUUCCUGGAGACUCUCAAAGUUCUUUUUCUUACUAUCUAUUUGCUCUUUGAAUCUCUUAUUCUUUGGAUUAUCCCAUCUCGAAGGAAGAAUGUUGCUGGUGAACUUGUACUCAUCACUGGGGCAGGAAGCGGAAUAGGAAGGCUUCUAGCACUGGAGUUUGCACGCCUUGGCGCAACACUUAUUUUAUGGGACAUCAACGAGGAGGGCAACAAAGAAACAAGCAGGCUAGCCAAGAAGAAUGGAGCAGUUCGUGUUCAUACAUAUACAUGUGACUGUAGCAAAAGGGAAGAAAUCUACAGAGUGGCAGAUCAGGUGAAGAAAGAGGUUGGAGAUGUUACUAUUCUAAUUAACAAUGCUGGCAUAGUGACUGGAAAGAAAUUCAUUGACUCCCCUGAUGCUCUCGUAGAGAAGACCAUGCAAGUGAACACAAUGGCACAUUUCUGGACAUGUAAAGCCUUCCUACCUGCUAUGAUGGCCUCCAAUCAUGGCCAUAUAGUGAGCAUUGCCAGCUCUGCUGGACUCAUAGGAGUCAAUGGACUUGCAGAUUAUUGUGCGAGUAAGUUUGCAGCCGUCGGGUUCGCGGAAUCCAUUGGCCUCGAGAUGUUGGCUCUGGGCAAAACUGGCGUGAAGACCACAAUUGUUUGUCCAUAUUUUAUAAACACCGGAAUGUUUGACGGAUGCACAACUAAAUGGCCUCGGUUCCUGCCAAUUUUAGAGCCAGACUAUGCCUGUAAGACGAUUGUAGAUGCCAUCCUAAAAGAACAAGUAUACCUCAUUAUGCCUCGUGGUCUCUACAUCGUAUUUGGUUUUAAAAACCUUAUAUCUGCAAAACUGGGAGUGGUUCUUGGUGACUACUUUGGAGCUUUUCAUUUCAUGGAUCAUUUCAAAGGACGAGUUAAGAAGGAGUAACCUCAAUAUCUCUAGUUCUGGUUCUUCAGGUUCCGGGUUUAACAAGACCAGUGAAUGUAUGACAAAACUCUUCUUUAACUAUCAAAGAGUUUUUCCAAUAAACAAGUCUUUAGAUUUUAAUUUAAAUGUUUGACGAAACUCUCUAAAUGUAUGAGCAUAUACUCUGUUAUAACUUAAUCUGUCAAAGACUUAUUUUUUUCCCAAUAAACAAGUCUUUAGAUUUUUUUUA